AAACACCCACUGCCACUGGAAUCAGCCAUGUCCACCCAAGCAUCGCCGCCGCCGCCGCCGGCCGCUGAAACCACCAUCGGCGCUCUCGGCGACGACCUGCUCCGCGAGAUCUUCGCCCUCCUCCCCGACCUCCCCAACCUCGCCCGCGCCGCCUUCGCCUGCCGCGCCUUCCUCCGCGCCAUCCGCUCGUCGCCCGCCUUCCGCCGCCGCUUCCGCGAGCUCCGCCCGCCGCCCCUCCUCGCCUUCUUCCUCGAGAUGUUCAUGGAUCCGGUCCCGGUCUACCCCUCCCCCUGGCGCCCCUCCGACACGGACCUCGCCGACGCCUUCCGCGGCGCCGAUUUCUUCGAGACCCGCCGCAUGUUUGGCCUCAAGAACGACGACGACCCCGGGUGGGCGUUCGACUACAUGUUGGACGGCGAGAUCCGCAUCGCCCACCGGAAGCAGCGAGCGAGCUACAGCCCGGUACGGCAGGCCCUGUCCCUCUUCCCCGACAGGCACAUUCUGGGGGACGGCAGCUUCCUUGAGUUCCACACCCUCUCCUACCAGGAGGAACAGGGGCUGCAGCGUGUGGUCUGCAUCCGCCAUGACCGCUAUUGGGCGCGGGCGCGCGUCGCUGUCUUCUCAUCCAACACCAUGGAGUGGCAGAUUUUCCCUUGGGUGGAAACAAAGGCCCUGGUGCCCAAGGAUGCCAAAAACUCUAACCCUGGUAAGGUGGUCGAUGGAUUCAUCUACUGGAUAUUUCCCAUGGGAGCCGGUAUGCUCGCGCUCGAUGCGACGACAUCUCAGUUCCACCGAAUGGAUGUGCCGCCGCCCGUGAGUAGGAUGCUUGUUACUACAUUCGAGCUUGGCCAGACCAAGGACGGGAAGCUCUGUAUCGUGCACUUAAAUUCUGCGGGCAUCAAUGACGGGAUGCUUUUUGUUUGGUCGUGGGGAAAAGAUAGUGAUGGUGUGGAGAGAUGGGUGUUCGACAAGCCGUUUCCAUUGCGCACCAUUGUUGAAUUCAUCAAGUCCUCAAUGGUAGUUCACUCCAAAGUAGGAGUUUUGUCCGUCAUUGAUGGCUUUGUGUACCUGUCGGUUGACUGUCAUGAGUUUGCCCGGAACCAUAGUGAUUCUCCAGAGUGGUUCCUAUCAUUUUGCCUGGAAACUACGGAGCUUCAUCUGCUCUUUGAGGGCCAAUAUCAGAGACAUCAUCGUGCCCACCCCUAUGUCAUGCCGUGGCCUCCUUCUUUGGUACACAGCAAGGAUGGUUCAUAAGCUAAAGUUAAUAAAAACUGUGUUGCAGAUGAUAGUCCCGUGGGCAAAGAAAAACAUUGUUCUAUCCUUAUCACAGCAUUGCAAUCUUUCAAAGAAGCUUUGAUUGAUGAUGAUGAAGCAAAUAGUACCGAGGCAGCGGCCUUUUUCACAAUUGAGGAUGAGAAGAUGUCUCUCGUGAGAAAAAUUACUACUGCGGAUGUUCAACUGACAAAUGCAAGAGAUCAUGUCCUGAGGUUAAGUGCUGACUCUGCUAAAUCCAAUAUACCACGUCUUGACAAUGAUUGCCGCUUCUGCUUUCUAUCAAAAAUUCACAGUUAGAUGGAUGAUGAAGUUAGAGUCAGUUGAACUUAUGUUUCUGAGAGGAUGCUUAAUAUUAGAAGGCUCGAGUUAGGUUCCGAAUCCUAUAAAAUGGAACAACUUGCCAUGGAUAGUGAUUUUUUUAGGGAUGCUGGUGCUUAUGAAUCGACAGCAGGGCUUGUUGAUCUACAACGGGUAAUUGGAUUUGUGGCGGUGACAACUGACAAGUAAAGAUCAGCUGCAUGGUUGUUUCCAGCGCUUUGAGGGUGAGUUAACUUCCCUGUGAACUGUUAGUGUACACCUUAUCUACGUAGAUGUCAAGGCCUCAUGGUUAUGUGAACAACACCGCUAGUUGUAUGUUGAA